AUGAGGUACUCCAAUAACAACACUAUGGUUCUGCUCUUCACAAUGGUUGUCUCCUUCAUAUUGGGGGCAGCGGCUGUUGAUCCUGCUGAAACAACAACGACUCCAUUAACAACAGACGUUGCCGCUACAACUCCUUUGACUACAGACACUGCCGCUGCAACGACUCCUUUGACUACAGACACUGCUGCAACCACUCCUGUAACAACGGACACUGCUGCAACCACUCCUGUAACAACGGACACUGCUGCAACCACUCCUGUAACAACGGACACUGCUGCAACCACUCCUGUAACAACGGACACUGCUGCAACCACUCCUGUAACAACGGACACUGCUGCAACCACUCCUUUGACUACAGACACUGCUGCAACAACCCCUCUAACUACGGGUACAACUGCACCAACUACAAAAACUACAGCCACACCUAAAACUACUACUGGCACUGCCACCACCCGUACGACAACACCCGGUGCUGUCACAACCACCACUCCAGCUGCGGCUACAGAUACCGGUGACUAUUAUGUCCCAGUGAUCACCCCAACCACAACCCUGCCGGUAACUCCAAAAACGACUGAUCUAACAACAUCGACUUCUGAUCCCGCAACCAUUGUUUGGAAAACUAAAACUAUUGGUACCAUCACAUCCGUCUAUUCGGUUGCUUGGGUCCAAACCUUCACAUCGAUGUAUUCUACCGUUUCUACACCUCCAAGGGGAACCAUUGGACUCGGUACUUUAAAAGGUACAGUCGGUACCAAACGUUCCUACAGAACUGUCAACUAUAAUUAG